GGAUCAUUUAACUUGAGCCUGAUAGCACAACCUCAGGAUGCAGGUUUAAUCUCAUGUUGGGUUUUUUUCUUUUAAUUUCUCUCAGCUCAGCAGCAUUGUUUCCAAGCAACCAGAGAGAGCUACAGUCCUGCAUAGUCAUAGCUUAAUUUCCCUGCCACACAAGCUCAGUGACAGAGGCAAGAAAGGAACAGCAGCAUCCAGAGGGAAUUCUUCCUCAGAGAUACCUGGAGUCAGAGAGGAUCCAAACCUGGAUCCUGAGGCCUAUUCCAAAGAGUUUGACACAGAUUUCAGCGAGCCAUUUACAUUGCAGUGACAACUAGAACAUCUCUGGCCAUGGAAAGACGACGCUUAAAAAAAGAGAUUGAAAAACUCCUGAGUGAUUAUGUUGGCAUCAGACUACGAGAAAAUGAAUUUGAUCCAAGAGGACAAAGGCAGUCCACCUUUCUAGAUGACAUGGCUCAUUACAACUUGGCCCUCAGUGUUGCUUUGCUGUGGCUAAAUGACUCAGAUGCUCAGCCUCUGCUGACAAAAGAGGAAAUGAAUUUGGCAGCUUGCAGCCGAUAUAUGUAUCCCAGCCGAACUGAGAGAGAAGCUAUGAUAUUAUCUUCAUAUGCUGGAAUAUUAAUGAACAGCAUUCCUGUCGAAGAUGUCUUUGAGAUUUACAGCAUGGGGCCCUCAGCAACACGCUGGCAGAGCUCUGCAAAAGACCACUGGAUUCACCCUUUCAACCUCUCCCUGCACCCAUUUGCCAUGCUGACUGCCCCCAGAGCUGCGGAGCACGCCUGGAAGCACAGCAUCAAGUACCAGAGAGCAACAGCAAAUCAAAAGACCAACCCUGGUUCAAUGAGGAGAGCUAAAAAGGACAGAAAGCAACUUGACUCACUGAUGAGAAGAAAGCAGCAGGAUGACAAAGGAGCUACAGAAGCAGCAAAACAAGGAAUCUCGCCAGAGAAGCCUGGAACAAAUCUGAAAGGAGAGAAUGCAAAGAAAGCUAAGGCAUAACAAGGACUCAGAUUUCAUGUACCUCACCUAGCUGUAGGUCUCUAAGGGUUUGCUUCUGUUGUGUCUACAUUGUGCAGCCCAAGAGGACUCCCCAUCUCCUGGAUGGACUGUCACAACCUUCAUUCAUAUCCUAACUCCAUCUUGGGAUAAGAGUUGGGUACACAUCGUUCUCCUUCCUCUGGCUGGUAGCCCGGGCACAGUAUGGCAUGUUACUAUAGGACUCUAUUUACUUCCAUACAAGUUUCAGGACUCAGUGGGGUAGGAAAAGUGUUCCCUGCUGAGGGGCACAUAUGACUAAUUUCAGGGCAGAGAGACUCCAUUAGACCUUUUUACAUAUUAAAAAAAUGACAGAAUUAAAGAUCCCAGCUUAGUUUGAGCCAGGACAUAGCCAAACAGCCAUCCAAAGGGUGGUCACAUAUUGUAAAGCUACAUUAACCCAUGCCUUGGAUGUUCCUGUACCCUAAUGCAGAAACGCUAAAGAAAAAAAAUAAACA